CGUCCUCACGACUUGGUUGUUCACUUCGUCGUUGGAAACAGGCACAGAUUUGUGAACGAUGUUGCCGAUUUUGUGGAGCAGACUCUCGCGCUUUUCCUCCGCCUCCGUCGCCGCCGCCUCGAUCGUCGGCAGGCGCUGCUUGAGCUCUGCGCUCUUCGCCAGCAGGUCUUGGCACGGAUCUUUGGCGUCCUUCUUCUUCCGCUGACCGAUUUCCUUGUUCACUGCGUUCAACUCCUUCUUCAGCUGCUCCAACUGAAACAAAUUCUCUCGCCAUUUCUUGUCCACCGCCACUGCCUGGUCAACCACCUCGCCGGAACGCCCGCGCCGAACUUCGCUGUCUCGCACCAGCGCGGGGUCGCCGCCCUUCUCCGCGCGCAAAAGGUUCACAUCGAUUGUCAUCUUGUUUUGCCGAGUCGAAAGAAAACGCAGAUGGCGACUCUGACAGCCGGUGGAAGCGAGGGCAGAGCCAAGGAGACGCGCCACCGCUGGGGAAAAAACGAUACAAAGAGAGAGACAGGGUAGGCAGUGAUCGAGAAGUGAUCGCGAGGGGAAGCGUGCCUCUAGACGCCAGCUCGGAACUCUUUUCAAGGUCGACUGGAGUCGUCUGGCCAAACUAAAAGUGUGGACGUGGUAGGCAGGAGAUGCGAAAGGCAAAAAUCGGCAGAAGAGACAGGAGAUACAUGCAACUCCGAUUCUGGGGGAUGGGGACCUCAAAUGUCGGUGGGCGCGCGCGCGCUCACACUGUGAAAACACCCAGCGGCCUCUGGAACUCAAACUGUCAGUGCUUCUGCCUUCUGUCCUUUCGCGGGCUGUCAAAUGCAGUGUUUAGAAAAUCGACUUUCGAAUCGGCAGAUGUUGUCUGUCUAAAUCCCUUCUCGGACGGAAAACCUGCCCCGGUCGCGUCAGCCUCCGGGUAUUGUUUGCCGCGCGUGUCUGCAGGCGCUGGAACUCUUUCUCACCAACACGGAUGAGUUUUCGUGUAUUUGCCGCGCGCACCGCUCUACGACUUGCGUGAAGACAUACGCCUCGAUUCCUGCCCUUCUACGUCUCGUCUUUGCCUGCAUCUGCUCACCGAGAGUCGUUUUCCAGUUGAUUUAGCUCUCGAUAUCAGAGGGGUUCGGAGUCGACGAAAGUUCGCGGGGCAAAGAGACAAAAAAAGGAGCGGGAACAGCGGUGCAACAGCCUCAAGAUUCGAAGACUGCGUUAGCCCCCCUUUUCCCAAAGAGUGGGGGUAGAAGUCGGGGGGUUAACCCCUUGGAAAAAACAACAUCGAGAGCCCCCACCCCGCACGUUCUGGAAACUUGGCGACAGAGACUUGGUGCCCCAGUCCGUUCGGAUUCACUGCGAGGAAAAGGGGGGUUGUCGGUCGGUUGCCACGAUUCGCCACUCGUUUUUUCCUGCUCUUUUCUCCCUCUGUUUCUUCCCUUUCUUUCGCCGUCUUUUGUCUCCAUCACUGUCAAAAUGAAGGUCUACAAGGACGUUUUCACUGGUGACGAGCUCUGCUCGGACUCCUACGCGGAGUUGCCCCCUAUGGACGACCCCAGCCUCUCGGAAGUUGCGUUCGAGGUUGCAACCAAGCGUAUCGUCAAGGGUGCUGAGGACUACGGCAUUGCUGACAAUAGCGAGGAAGACGGUGGCGGCGUGGACAGCACGUCCGAGACCGUGGUGGAUGUGGUCGACGCUUUCCGUCUGCAGGAAACUCCGUUUUCCAAGAAGGAGUUCGGCACCUACAUCAAAGGUUACAUGCAGCGUGUGAAGGGUCAUCUGGAGAAGAACCAUCCGGACCGCGUGGACAAGUUCAUGAGCGGCGCCCAGGCUCUCGUGAAGAAGAUUCUAGGCCAGUUCGACGACUUCCAGUUUUUCCUCGGUGAAAGCGCAGACUGCGAAGCCGGCGUUGUCUUCGCUUACUACAAGGACGGCGAGGAGGCGCCCCGCCUCAUCUACAUUCGCGACGGUCUGAAGGAAGAGAAAUACUAAACCGACGCUCGGACCUGUACAACAACUGCUGAAUAGGGCAGUCACCUCGGAUAUAUGCGCUCGCGGCGUGACGUGUGUGCACUCGUGGAGGCUGCAAAAAAGGGAUCGGCGAGGAAAGGAGACGCGUGGGUGGAGAAAAAAAUGCAUUUUUCCACCCUGCGGCUCCCAGGAGGGAAUGCGUUGUCUCAGAGUUUCACAGCAGGUGGGCAAUCGGUCUCUAGGAAGAGAGAUGCACGAGAACUCUCGAGGUUGUGUGGUGUUUCGUAUCCCAGACAAGAGAAACACGUCAGAGCACGCGAGUUUGCGCUGAGAACCUGACGGGAAGAACGAUGGCGAAGGCAGAUUUUUAAAAUGCCACAUGUUUGUAGUUUUUCGGGGUUCCACGUUGAGAGACAAAAACUGUGAAUUGCUGCACCUCUGCCCUCGUUUCGUUGUGAACAGUCUCGACCCAGGAUGAAGUCACUUUGUUUUGUAGUCUCACGUGUGUCUUCUGACCACGGCGGACGCAGCCUCCCAGACCCAACGCAAAGCACUCCUCGGUUAACGAAAUGCUGUCGCCACAGACAGAAGCGAACGCGAUGCAGACUUUUGAAUCUUGCAAGUCUGCUUUGUAAGACGCACGAGAGGCUGCACUAGUCGUGGUAGUUCUGGAACGG